UGGAACCGUGCAUCUGCGUCACUGUUCUGGUUUGCUCCGCAAAGUUGUAACUGCUUCCACUCUCACGACAAUAUUCAACCACGCUGAGUUGCAAUGGGGAAACGUUACGGUACCCCGAGGAAAGAAUUCGAGGUUUGUUGGAGUAUUGGACAUCUUGGGAAGUGGCCACUGCAGUUGCACAUGGACAAAGAUCGUUCGGCAUUUAGGUUCGUUACGUGGAAUUGCAUCAUGUGCAUCGAUCAAGGGUUGUGGCAAUGCCCGAGAUGAGGCAGUGCUUUGAAGCUCGUAGAGGGAGUUGCUUUCCGAGCAGCUGCCAUGGUGGAAGAAGACUGCAUGAUUGGCGCUGAUGAAUAGGUGUUGAUCCUGAGCAGCUUGUCUGUGAUGAUCAUCUAAUGUCUCUGAUGCGAUCGUUAUACAGGAGAAGGCCAUAGUCCUCAUAAUAGGUCUAUAUUGGUUAAAGCUUCAUGAGAUUACAGCGAGGUGGACGUGCGAUUGCAAAUGUGAAAGGGACAGAGUCGAUAGGUAGAGUGAAUCGAAAAUGGCGCAAAUCUCAGAAUCCGAUGAAGACUGGGACAAUGUGGACGACUGGGGUGGCGACGCAUCUCUCAUCGAGGGAGUGGUUGCGCCUGCGCUUCGGGAAACUGCGAUCUCGCCUACUACGAGCUGGGACGAAGAUGAUGAGCCAUGGCCCCCCGUCCAAUCGCGAGGCAUGGGCCAGCCAAGAAUUGCAGCACCUGGCGUGAGGUGGGAUGAAUCAGUAGCUGGUAGUGAGGAUGUGCGUCCGGAAAUUUCAGCUAGCCUGCCGCCUUCUCCAAUGGAGGGGGUUCUAUCGCCCGCCAUUGCCGACCGUCAAGUAAAUGAGACAUUUGCAUGGGCCCCGAACAAUACAUGGGAGCGAGGGGAAGCUCCAACGAGAGGCUUGGGUCGGCCAAUGUCAGAGGUCGAGCGCCUUGAGGAGCUUCGGCGGGGUGAGCCUGAUCGACAUGGAGAGAUAAUGACGGCGACACGUCCUAGGGAAGAGUUGGCUGAUGAUACCCGGGGAUUGCUAAUUCAGGAUCAAGAUCAUAUGCGGAGAGCUUCGUCGCCACCUGUUGAAGGCGUUUUGUCCUCACGGGCUGCAGCAGAAGAAGAGAUUGCGUCAACGUUCAAUCUCGGAGAAUAUACCUUACAGGGAGGACCGGAAGGAAGCGCAGAUCGAGGAAUUGGCCAGCCAAGAGGAGAGCAGGAGCGGCAGGAGUUACUCAGACAGCAGGAUGAAGAGCUGGAUGACGGCUGGGCAAGCUCACAUGGAAUUGACAUCGAGGAGAUGCGUCGCCAGCUUCCCGAUGCCGAUGGCGUCAUCGCAGAAGGUCCUAGAGAAGAAGAUACGUUUGCUGAGAGUUUUGCAUGGGGAGUAGACGGAGAUGAUUGGGCUCUAGAAGAGAGGACUGUUUCACCAGGACGCGGCACCGGCUACCCCAUCCCGCCCCACGUUAGGCACGAAUUAGGGCGCCUCCCCAUGACAGCUUACGAGCUUGAGCUUCUGCAAAACCAGACUGGGCGUCCUACAAUAAUUCCUGGUGACUGGGCCGUGAAUUUGCCCAGGGGAGAAGCGGUAGUCCGAGGCGACGAAGUUGAGGCGUGGCAGAGAGUGAUGGCUCCAACUGGACCUCUUCCUGCGCUGCAGUCAGGACGUGUUUUGAUGCAAGACCCUGGCUUUGAUAAAAACUCUGAUGCUACUCCUUCCUCGUUCAACACCGACAAACAGUUCGAGCUUAUGAAAGACAAAAGCAUGCGGUUCUUGCCAGAUUUUGCCAAUGACGAGAAUCGUGAGCUCAACAUCAUGGUGCAGGAAGCUGAGCGGCAACUGCGAGAGGUUGAAGACGCUACACAGGAGCAAGACGAUCGAACCACUGUGAUGGAGGAUCAUAUGAAACAAGUUCAAGAGGAGAUCACUGCGACUCAACAAAGAGUCGAGGCCAAGCGGAAAGAAAUUCAAACGGAACAACACCUAAUAACAAUGACGACUUUUCAGACGGCAAGACUCAAGAGGGAGGUUGGGAAAAUGGAGAACGAGAUGCAUGAGAUGAUGGAGCGCUUACGGAACUUUCGUGCAUCUAUUCUACGAGGCAACGAUAAACUGGAUAAAAUUCGCCAAAUGCAAAAUUGGAGCGUGCAAGAGUUGGAACAAUGGAAGCAAGCUGCACUGCAAAAGUAUGAGGAUUUUGUUGCUCUGGAAAGUUACCAGAAAUAUGAUGACACCCGAAUUAAGGCUCUGAGGUUGGACGAGGUCAAGGCAUCAGGUGAUUUGACUAGGGUUCGAAAACUGCUCGAGGCCGAGAUGGCGGAAACCCACAGCUAUCAAGUGCAACUUCAUAAAACUGCGGUUGAAUUCCGGCAGUUGCAUACAGAGAGGCAAGAGGUCAUUAGACAGUGGGAGCGUACCAUCGAAAUGGUUCAUACACGAGAUAAAGACAUUCAUAGAAUUACAGAGGAUUUCGCCGCAAAUCAGCAACUGAUACGGAGGGAAAAGCGUAUUCUCGACAAUUGCGACCUGAAGCUCUACAAUGCGUCAGAAAAGCGUGCGGACAUGGAGAAGGACAUCCAUUCCAAGAAUUUGGAUGCUCAAAAACAGAAAGAAUUUUUGAAACAGGAAAUGGAGAAAUUAAAAAGAGCCCGUGAAGCACUCGUGAAUAUCAAAUCAGACCAUUUUAGAAAUCAACAUCAAUAUGCAAAAGAAGUUGCGAAGAAAGCCUUUUUUCAAGAGGAAGUCAAAAGGCAAAAGAAAAUGUAUCAAGAGGCGAGACAGCAAUUAAAAGAGCUGAGAGAAAAAGUGGAAGAUGAAUAUAGUCAUUUGGAUACACUAGAAAAACGAACCCAUACACUCGAGAAAUUGCUGCACACAGAAGAACUCAACUACAAGCUUGCUCAGAAAGAAGUUACCGAUUUGCAAGAGCGACACUAUAAAAACUCUCGCAAACUAUUCUCAUUAAGAGCUUCUGAGCGAGACACCAUCCAUGAAAUCAAGGGAGGGAAGUCAAUCGCCAAGACAUUGGUGAACAGAAUUGCAAUCCUGGAGAUAGAAUUGUUAAAAAAAGAAGAGAAAUUGUAUGCUGCCGAUUUCCAGAUUCAGCUAUUAGAAGGUAAAGUUGGCCGAGCAAGUGGUGAACGUAGUAACGCGGAGGAAAUCGAAACUACACGACAGGUUAAGGAACUUGAAGCAGAGUUAGACUUAUUGAAAAAGGAAGAACAGGCAAUAAAUGAUCAAAUGAAGAAGUCGGUAAACGAGAUGCGCAAAAGUAGCCGUAGGAAAGAGGACCUUGAAACGAGGAAAAGAAAAUUGAAUGAAAAGAAUGCGGAACUUAGUGUGGAGUGUGACGCAGGGAUGAUCGGGAACAAGGCCAUGACAAAAGAAAGAGAAGAGACGGCAUUAGAAGAUGAUCUUUUGCAAAUGGAAGUCCAAAGGUUAACUGACUUGUUACAUUCAAAGGCUGAUGAGGUAUUUAAUCUGGAUCGCCUGAAGCAGCGUUUGAAUAAAAAUAUGGAAGAUCGAAAAGCGGAAGUAGAUGCUCGUCAAGAAGUUCAACGCCGGGAAAUGAAGAUAAUUGCUGAGGAACUUCACGAUCUUAAGCUCAAGCGCCAAAACCUUGUACUGAAAAUAGACAAGCUCCAGUGUAAGUAUGAUUGCCUCAGAGCACGCAUGAAAACUAGUGAUGGGGUGGAACUCACAGCCGAAUUUUACUUGGAUCAAAUGAAGUCACAAAGAGAAGAGAUUCAAAAAAAAGGCCUGGAUCUCAGUGAAAAACUUAGAAAGGCUCGGGUAGACGUCAACUUUCUGGAAAGUGCAGCGAAGCAGAUCACAGAUUCCAACAACAACCUCCGAACAAGUCUUACUGAGAAUGAAAAAACUAUUGAACUUGAAGAGGAGUCCGAGAAAUUAAAGGGAGAUCUCCAGAAAUCAAGAGACCGAGCUCGGUUUAAACUGAGAGAAGAAAGGUCACUGCUACGUGAUUUGGUGGAGGUGGAAGUCAAAGUACAAAACAGAGAGGAGGAAUUGAAAACCGCAAGCAAUACUAGUGAAAAUCUUGAAUAUAGAAUUGAGCAUGCUCGGAAGGGGAUAGAGGAGCAAACAACAAAGCGCAAGAGAGCGGCUGCUCGUCUCAACCUCUUCAUGAGGGAGCUUCGAGAGAGAGCUCCGCCAGAGGAGGCCAAGCGAAUCUGCGGCGAGUUUGUACUGUCAGAAACAAGAGAAUCAGCAAAAGACGUGCUUCACAAACUGAAGCAACUAGGCAUGGAGAAUCCUGACUAUGCUCAGAUAAUAGAGACGCGGGUUAACGCUGAGGGGUUCAAGCUACCAACAGGACCCGGAAGCACGAGGUCAUCAGGGUCGUCUGGAGAUUCGGUAGUUAGCCUUUCUAGCCGCAUAGGGAAGGGAAAGUCGAAGUCGCCAUCAAGGUUUAUUGGAGAUGCUUCCACAUCCACCGUUUUCAACAUGGAGUUCAAAGGAUCUGGACCAAGCCCAAGAUGAUGAUCUGCUCCACAAUGAUCUGUACAUUCUAUAAUAAUGAUGUACCGUAGGACCAAAAAUUGCCACUUUGCUUGACCUUAUACUUACUGAACUUGGUCCAGAUCCACCCAUUUCACCUGCCACAGUUGAUUCCGUUUAAAUAAUGAAUUCUAAUCGGGGAACCCGUGACCUGGUAGAGAAGCCCAUCUAGCCAAGACAGCCUUAACACCAGGAAACGAUAGCAAGUAUUGGAACAUGAUUUGUUGAAUUUUUCCAGUUAAAAUACCGAAGUGCGAGUCCAACUGUUUACGAAGGGUUGGAGGAAGAAAGUGCCCUUGUCUGUAUCACUAGAGCUCCAACAAAAACCUCUACAGCCAAUUUCUGAUCGAGCUGCUGCGCAAUCAUUCCCUGAUAGAGUAUACCAGAUGCAUGGACCUUACGGUCUCUAGGUCACCUUCCAGUCUUUGCUAUAUCCAAAAGACAAUUGUUUAAAAAGAAAGUUUUUUUUGCCAAAUAAAAAAUAUCCAUUUAAAUUUUACCUCAUUA